AUGCAGCACUACGGGGUGAACGGAUACUCACUUCACGCCAUGAACUCGCUGAGUGCCAUGUACAAUCUCCACCAGCAGGCGGCGCAGCAGGCCCAGCACGCCCCUGACUACAGGCCCUCGGUCCACGCACUGACCCUGGCGGAGAGACUGGCUGAUAUUAUCCUCGAGGCCCGCUAUGGCUCCCAGCACAGAAAGCAGCGCCGCAGCCGCACGGCCUUCACCGCGCAGCAGCUGGAGGCUCUGGAGAAGACCUUCCAGAAGACCCACUACCCAGAUGUGGUGAUGAGGGAGCGGCUGGCCAUGUGCACCAACCUGCCCGAGGCCCGCGUACAGGUUUGGUUUAAGAACCGCAGGGCAAAGUUCCGCAAGAAGCAGCGCAGCCUGCAGAAGGAGCAGCUGCAGAAGCAGAAGGAGGCAUCUGGAUCUACAGAGACCUCCACUGAGACCUCCACCGAGACAUCCACAGAGGACCCCAAGACUGAGAGCGCUGACCCUCCUCCCCCCUCGUCCACCUCCUGUCACUCAGACCCAGCUCAGGCAGAGACCAGCGUGGAAGUGAACGUCACCUCUCCGGAGCCAUCGGACAGCGAGUCAGCGGCAGAAGAGGGUGCUGAGAGAGAAGAAGAGGGCCCCAGAGGAGAGAGCAUGGACCGGAGCCUGGACCGGAGCCUGGACCGGAGCCUGGACCGGAGCCUGGAGCGGGGCCUGGGGGAGGUGCAGGGGGAGGUCUCAGCGCAGGAGACAGCGCACCCAGCAAGCAGUUCUCCGUCCUGCAAGCGCCUCAGUCCCAGCUCAGACUCUCCUCUCAGCUCCCCGGCCCUGCCCUCCUCCAGCGGUGUGUCCAGUGGGUUGGUCAGCAGUAACUCCUACGCCUCCUCGCCCCUCAGCUUGUUUCGGCUGCAGGAGCAGUUCCGGCAGCACAUGGCAGCCACCAACAACAUGGUGCACUACCCGCCCUUCGACAUGAGCGCGCCCUCCUCCCUGCCCUAUCUGGGUAUGAAUGUCAACAUGCCUGCUCCCCUGGGAUCCCUGCCUUGUCAGUCCUACUAUCAGACGCUGUCCCAGGCUCAGCAGGUGUGGAACAGCCCGCUACUGCAGCCAGCUCCAGGGAGUCUGAACAGUAAGACCACGAGUAUAGAGAACCUGAGGCUGAGGGCAAAGCAGCACGCGGCCUCUCUGGGACUGGACACGCUCCCCAACUGA